ACCACCCCUUUUAGUUACUUAACCCAUUAAAAUAAGUGGGUAGGGAGAGAAAGAGAAAAAAAAAUCUAGUAAAUCCCUCCCCCAAAAAACCCAAUUUACCAUUACAACACUUCUUCACAAAAACCAAGAUAUUUAACGUUCAUUUCUUAAAAUUACAUUAUUUAUUAUUGUUUUUUCUCCUCUCUUCAGCUGUAAUAAUAAUUUCCUCUAGCUGUACUGAUGCUUGAGGCUUCUGGGUUGUUUCAAAAUUCUGCCGCUGCCGCCGUGAAUAAUGAGGAGAACGGUGGUGGGGUGCCGGCAGCUACCGGUGGAUUUGGGGAGGAGGGAGGUAGAGGGGAAGAAGGUUACCGGAAUUUCGCCGGUAACCGGUGGCCUCGAGAUGAGACUUUGGCUUUGUUGAAGAUAAGGUCUGAUAUGGACGCUAUAUUUCGUGACUCGAAUCUCAAAGCUCCUCUUUGGGAUGAGGUUUCCAGGAAAUUAGCUGAGCUUGGGUACCACAGAAAUGCCAAGAAAUGCAAAGAGAAGUUUGAAAACAUCUACAAGUAUCACAAAAGAACCAAAGAAUGCCGAUCCAGCCGACAAAACAGCAAAAACUACAGAUUUUUUGAGCAAUUAGAGAUUCUUGAUAACAAUUCUUCACUUCCAUCACCUUCCCCAAACCAAAUCCAACAUCCCAUGAAUGAAACAACUAUGGCAAUGACUGGAAUGACAAUAAAACCCUCGAGUUGUACUCAGGAUUUUACAACCCCUAGGUCAAUCCCAAAUUCCAGUGCAGAGUUCUUGAUGUCUUCUUCUACAUCAACAAAUUCCUCGUCGGGGAAAGAAUCUGAAGGCAGUGGAAAGAGGAAGAGGAAAUUGGGGGAGUACUUUGAGGGACUAAUGAGGGAAGUGUUGGAAAAGCAAGAGAAUUUGCAAAACAAGUUCAUAGAGGCACUAGAGAAGUGUGAGAAGGAUAGGAUAGAGAGAGAAGAAGCUUGGAAAAUGCAGGAAUUGGAAAGGAAAAAAAGAGAGCAUGAGAUUUUGGCACAAGAGAGAGCUAUUUCUGCGGCAAAAGAUGCAGCUGUGAUUGCUUUCUUGCAAAAGAUUUCUGGUCCAGGGAAUCCAGUUCAAUUUCCAGAAAUCCCAAUACCGAUUCCAACACAAAUUUCAACUCCAACUCAACCUCCAAAUCCAAAUCCAAUUCCAAUUCCAACUCAGAAAGUUACUGACAAAAAAGACAAUGGCAUUGCUCUUAGCUCUUCGCGGUGGCCUAAAGCCGAAGUGGAAGCUUUGAUUAGGAUAAGAGCUGAUCUUGAUAUGCAAUAUCAAGACAAUGGGCCAAAGGGGCCUCUGUGGGAAGAAAUUUCAUCUUCGAUGAAGAAAAUCGGUUACAACCGGAGUGCGAAGAGGUGUAAAGAGAAGUGGGAAAAUAUAAACAAGUACUUCAGGAGGGUCAAAGAGAGCAACAAGAAAAGGCCUGAAGAUUCAAAGACUUGUCCUUAUUUUCAAAUGCUUGAGUCUCUAUAUGAAAGGAAGUCUAAGAAGGUUGUUGCUAAUCCUGAUAAUCCAGGUAUUAAGGUAAACCCUGAGGACAUUUUAAUGCAAAUGAUGGGCCAAUCACAGCAGAAAAGGAAUGAAACAGGAUCAGCAGGAGGUGGAAGUGAAGAUGCUGAUCAAAAUGGAGAAGAUGAGGAUGAAGAUGAUGAUGAUGAAAAUGGAGAUAAUUAUCAAAUUGUUGCUAAUAAUCCUUGCGCAGUGACAAGCAUGGAGUGAGGAGACAAGAUAGAGAAAGCUUUUCAUCAUCAAUACUUGAAGUGGGUAUGCAUCAUUUUGAGAGGUGGGGCAGAGUUAGUCCAGUGGCUGUCCCUUGGAAAGUGAUUAAGGUGGGGUUAAGAGUACUUUCACUUUAAAUAAUGGGUGCAGUACUUUUUGCGAAGUGGCAAAGUUUCUGGGCAAUAUUGCAGUAUAUAUUCAUCAGGUAUCAUCAUUUUAGGGUUCGUAUUCUCUGCAAUCCAAGUUCUGAACUGGAUGGGACGGUUCAAAUAUGGACUAUACACUAGCAUGAUUCAAUGGUUUGGACUUGGAUUUGGAGAGGAUCCAAUUCCAUCAUUUUAAUGGGAAAAUUGUAUAAAGAGAGUAAGAAUAAUACGGUUGGGGUGAUGUAAUAUACUCCUUUUGACAGUCCAUCCCUGGAAAACCCCCCGUGUGUAAAAUUAAUAAAAGAAGUUGGUUGUGUGUGUUUGUUUGCUUAUUAAUAAAACGUUAGCAUCAUUAGUAA